AUUUGCCGGUGCUGCUCUCUCUGCUGUAAACAAAAAGUGACUGUGAGACGGACGCUUCGCUGAAUUUAGGGACAUUUUUAUUUCUGUAAUUUAUGAUGUCUUUAGGAAUGUCUUACAAACCUAACCCCCACCAGCACAUUCCGGGAACUUCUGCGAACCAAGCAGGAAACAUCCCCUCUCCCUCUUCCAGCAUCUCCACAGUUCAGUCAUACAAGCCGAUUAUAAAUGACUUUGGACUGCCGUCAUUUGGAUUUUCGCAGGGGCCGAAUGGAACUCAAGCUCCACAGAGCAAAUACGCUGAACUUCUUGCAAUCAUCGAAGAGCUCGGGAAAGAAAUAAGGCCAACGUACGCCGGAAGUAAAAGUGCCAUGGAGCGACUCAAAAGAGGUAUAAUUCAUGCAAGAGGUCUUGUCCGGGAGUGUCUGGCAGAGACGGAAAGAAAUGCACGAUCUUAGCCUCUGAAGCCUGCGUCUGGUCUAAGGGCGGAAGAUUUCUUCUACUACUUUUACAGAAGGGUGCUGCAUGGCUUUUUUUUCCCAAUAACAGAGGGAUGAAACAAUCAAAUUUAUUCAUUAAGUAGUGUAGUUAAAGCAUGGGAUGGAGGUGUUGCAAUGUUCCUUGUGAUAAAUGCAACAAGAGAGAUUGGAUUUGAGUGUUGCCAUUUGGGAUUUUUUUCUCUUAUAACUCCUAUUAUUUAUAUAUAUAUAUAUAUA